AUGGCGGGCAGUAGCUGUGGAGGCAGGGCGGCGGGGAUGCCGCCUGCCGGAGGUGUCGUCGUCGUCGAUGUGCGUGGCACUGGCACGCCGCCGGCUGCUUGGUCGGCCAGGGCCGCCUUUUCUGCUGCUUCUUGGCCUGCGGCGGCCGCGGGCUUGAACGCUUGCUGGAGCUGGACUUGGACCCUCGCCGCUUCCGAGGGCUGCAGCGCAGCCGCCGCCAUGGCGAAGGCGAAGAACAGGGCGAUCAGCUUGGGCGAGGCCAUGUCGAAUUGCAGGGAGGCUUGGGAACUAGGACGAUGCUAUGCUAUGGCGCUUUGCCUGGCACUCUCGUUCCCUGUCAUGUGCUGUGAAAUGAGGCCACAGCUUAGAGCCACGCGGCGUGCCGUCUGGACAAGCUGGUCCGUCCUGUGUUCACCGCACAAGUCGCCCUCAUCUUUCUGCUACGCAAAGAAGAUCGCUACGGCGGCGACCACCUCUCUGGCGCCAAAUCAUCGAACGAAGAAGGAUACGGUCAUUGUCAUCUCGGGCCCUACCGGUGCUGGGAAGAGCAGGCUCGCGUUGGAGGUGGCCAGGAGGCUCGGAGGAGAGAUCAUCAGCGCGGACUCCGUGCAAGUCUACCGUGGCCUUGACGUUGGUUCCGCCAAAGCAUCCGCGGCAGAGAUGGAUAUGGUGCCACAUCACUUGAUCGACAUACUGCAUGCGUCCGAUGAUUACUCGGCUGGAGCCUUCUUUCGCGAUGCCCGGAGAGCGACAUGGGAUGUUCAUGACAGAGGGCGAGUGCCUGUUGUUGCAGGAGGGACUGGGCUCUACUUACGGUGGUACAUCUAUGGCAAGCCAAAUGUUCCACAAUCAUCCAUGGACAUCACUUCAGCUGUGUGGUCUGAGCUCGUCAGUUUUCGGGAGAGUGGCCAGUGGGAGGAAGCAGUAGAGCUAGUGGUCCGGGCUGGUGACCCCAAAGCUCGGGACUUGUCUGUGAAUAACUGGAAGAGGUUGAGUCGAAGCCUUGAGGUUAUUAGAUCAUCAGGUUCCCCUCCCUCUGCCUUCACCUUACCAUACAAUAUGUUUUGUGAACAGCAUGGCACCGAGGUCUCUGCUGGAAGGAGCUGUGAAGCCAGGAAUAUGGAUUAUGACUUCUUCUGUAUUUUCCUUGCAUGCCCACGCUUGGAGCUGUACCGAUCAAUUGAUUUGAGGUGUGAAGAAAUGCUGGCUGACACAGGCGGCUUACUUUCAGAAGCCUCGUGGCUGCUCGAUAUCGGUUUGCAUCCACAUGUCAACUCUGCAACUCGUGCCAUUGGUUACAAGCAAGCCAUGGAGUACCUGCUGCACUGUAGGCAGAAUGGAGGUGAAAGCACCACGCAGGAGUUCCUCGAAUUUCUGGCCAAGUUUAAGAGUACAUCUAGGAACUUCGCAAGGAGGCAAAUUACCUGGUUCCGCAAUGAGAAGAUCUACCAGUGGGUCGACGCCUCACAACCAUUUGAGGCGAUUGUUCAAUUUAUCUGUGAUGCUUACCAUGGCCACAGUCCAAGGAUGGUUCCUGAAUCACUUGAAAUGCGAAGGGAAAGUUGCAUGCUCGAAAGUCGUGAUCUCAAAACCUAUCGCUCAGAGAACAGGGUGUUCCUUGGGGAUGAUGACUGCUCUCACGUUUUGAAUUGGAUCAGGAGAACGCAGGGCAAAUGA